AUGACUGGCCAACGAGAAUCGAAAGAACGGCUCGGAUGGAUUGUUGUUGUUGUUGUUGUUGUUGUUGUUGUUGUUGUUGUCAUCAUCAUCAACAACUCCUCCCUGCAGCAGUUCUGCAGAGAAGACUUUUUCAGCCGCAUCCCAUUCCCAGAACCCACGACUCGCAGACACGCACCAGGAACAAAAACAAUAGCAGGGUUUGCAAUGAUGAUUGGAGGAUGGGGAAAAUGCAUCCACCGCCAGAUAUGCAGCUCCUUCCCCUCCACACUUACCUCGCGACCAACAAAACAGCAAAUCGAGCGUCUCACGGGGGUGGGUGGUGUUGGACACAAAUAA